AUGGCCAUGAUCCACAUGGAGAAGGAGAUCGCUCAGCGGGAGACACUCGCCGUCAAGAUUCCGGACUCGGACAAGUACGACUUCAGCCGGGAGGAGAAGACGGAUCCGCGGGACCCGAGGGCUCAGGGUCCUCCAUGCAAUGGGACUCACGAGCCGAUGCCGAUGGGCCGUGGCUCUCUCUCCGGGAAGAACGGACACGCGAUGUGGCUGACAUGCCAGAGGUGUCGCAUACGGCUGUCCUAUGUGCCGGCGAUUGGCGCUCAUGCCCGUUUCCGGCAAUCACCUCCCCUGGCCAAGGACGUGGAGGACAUCCUCAAGGAGAAGAUCAACGAAGCGGAGACCCAGCCGGAGAUCCUGAACACCGCCAACGUGGCGCUGGAUGGUGCGGAACGCAGUCUGAUGAAGAAGCUGGACGCCGUGAGAGCGCAGAAGGAGACGGCCUACCAGCGGUCCAAGAUGAACCUGUCCAAGAAGAUGGCCAAAAGGGUCGGGGAGGAGACCGCAGAGGAGGCCGCUCUGUUCAACGAGGCGGCCAACACGGUGGAGAUGGUCGAAGAGGCGAUGGCGGACGUGGAGUCCAUGCAUAUGAUGAAUUCAAAGCUGGUCUGGAACAAGCCCUGGGUGGGCUACUUUCGAUGGCACGAGAUGACCCAUGUCUUGUUCCUGGUAGAUGAGGCUUCGACCUUCGUACCCCACUUGUUCACCACGAAGGGCGAGUCGCGGAACGCAGCCGAGGUCGUGGAUGCGUUGGAAAGUACGGUGCGCUUCUUUGGGCACAGCACCCUGAGGUUGGAUCCCGAAGGAGCCUUUUCUCGACUACUUGAGUGGUGUGCGAAAAGGGAUGUGGAACUUUUGCCAUGCGCAGCUGAAGCUCAUUGGCAAAUUGGCACGGUGGAGCACAUGAUUGGAGUCAUCCGGAAGUCUCUGGAUCGCUUCAUGAGGUCCGAGGAGACAACGAUGUGGCAAGGUGUGAUGGCCAUGUGUGCCGCCCACAACGAGAACGGCAAGGUCGGUGGCUUCAGCCCCAAUCAGUGGGCACUUGGUCGUGAUCCUGGUUUGGAUUUGAAGUUGCAUGAAAGUGGCCGAGACGCUGCUCCUCUCCAUCUUAGCCAGCGAGAUCCUAAGGAUGAGUUGUCGAAGACGAUGGCUAUACGCAUGCGGGCGGAGGAGAGCUAUAAGCGGAUGGUGGCGCAGGAGGAAAUCAAUCGGGCAUGGAAUUCAAGGGCGAGAAGCAAUGAGGUUUACCUUCCUGGCUCUCUCGUCUACUACAAGAGGUUCAAGGCCCCCGCGCAAGCUGCGUCCCAUGAAGGAGCAGACGCAUCUCGGAAGAGAUUGGCAAAGUGGUAUGGCCCUGCUCGGGUACUAGCCACGGAGACGAAGCUCAUUGGCGAGGAGGCUACCCCCAGCCGGAUCAUCUGGAUAGUUGCGGCUGGGAGAUUGAAGAGGGUGUCUCCGGAUCAGCUUCGAAUGGCUUCACCCCGGGAGGUCAUGAUUGAAGAGGCCACGAGACCGGCAUCCUUUCCCUGGACCAUGCACGGCAUGUUGGAGCAGGUUGAAAAGGGCGAGUUCGACGACUACAAGGACCUGUAUCCGGAUGGAGGUUUAGAUGCUUCACGCAUGCUGAGGGACCCGACCUAUGCCCCGUCUUCCUCAAUUUCUACUGAGCUGUCGGGCAACAGGCAGUUCGCGGCUGCUCGCAAACGGCAUGGAGUGAACUUCGCCGAGCCCGUCGAUCAGUUCAUGGUUGAUAUCGGCUUGGAGGAGCAGUCCGGGAAUGGGGAGGCGAUGGUGUUCCUCUCGGUUGACCUUCCCGACAACGAGAAGGGCAUGAAGAAAUUCAGGAGAGACCCAGAAACCUGGGUCGCUCACAAGGUGAAGAAAUCGCCGGAGAUCAAGCUGCACAAGGUGUCUGCGGAGAAGCAGGAGGAGUUCAAGGCCGCGAAGGGCUUGGAGGUGACUCAAUGGAUUCAGAGUGCUGCAUGCCGGGCCGUGGAGAAGGGCAAGUACAUCCCCGCCGAUCGCAUCAUGAAGAUGCGGUGGGUUCUCACCGUGAAGUCCACGGGUCGGGCCAAGGCCCGGAUCGUGAUCGUUGGCUUCGCUGACCCUGACCUGGAGCGUCUUCCGAGGUCUUCACCCACGAUGACGAGGAGGACCCGGCAACUCAUGGCUGGCAUGGCGGUGAAAGGUUGGUCGCAGCUGAAGUGCGACGCCAAGAGCGCGUUCCUGCAAACAUCCCGGAACACCGAGGAGGAGCGCGAGAUCUAUGCGCUUCCGGUGCCCGAACUUGCGGAGGCGAUGAACGUGGAACAUCGCCAAGCGGUCCAAGUGCUUAAGAGCUGCUAUGGGCUUGUCAAUGCGCCCUAUCAGUGGUUCUGCGAGGUGAGAGACCGCAUCGUGUCUUUGGGUGGUCAGACCUUGAUCACGGAGCCGUGCUGCUGGCGAAUCAAGAACGAGGAGGCUGUCGUCAUUGGUUUGGUUGGAUCCCAUGUGGACGACUUCUACAUGGUGGGCGAUGAGCAGGCUGAUGGGUUUGAUCAUUGCGGGAUCUACAUGCAGCAGCUCUCCAACCGCGAGAUCACCAUGGAUCACAGCAAGUAUUGCUCCGGCAUCACGCAGGUUUCCUUCGAGGACCGGGAUGUGCACGACAAGGUGUAUUCUCAGCGGAUGCUCUGCCCGAAGUUCCAGAACCUUGGGUGCACUGCAGAAGAGACCAUGCUGGUGUGCUGGACGGACGCUGCGCUGGCGAGCCGUGCAGAUGGCGGAAGCACUGGCGGGUUCGUGGUGGCUUUGACGGCCCUGGAGAUGGCGCUGGGGCAGAGGGCACCCCUCACGCUGGAGUCCAUGAAGCUGAAGAGGGUGGCUCGGAGUUCCCUUGCGGCUGAAGUGCAGGCGUUCAGCGAAGGGGAGCAGGAGUUGAUGUGGUGCCGAGGCGGUGAAGAUGGGACGGACGCGAAGUCUUUGUACGACUCCGUGACCAAAGGCGAUGCUGCAACGAGUGGCAUGGGGUUGAGCGACAAGUACUCGGCCCUGGAGCUGAUGUCGGUGCGCGAGCGCAUUCAGGAGGGCCAAACGGUGAUCCGGUGGGUUCACAGCGGAGCUCAACUGGCGGACGCUCUGACCAAGCACCUGGUGAACAGCAGCUUGGUGAAGGCUCUCACGACAGGCGCCUGGACACUGGUGGAUGACCCUACGUUCACCAGCCUGAAGAAGCGAAGAGCCGGAGGUCUCAUGGAUGUGGAGAAGACCCCAGCUGAGCGGCGCAUAAUGCUUCCGAUCGGCACAGGGGAAGGAGUUUCCAGCCAGCAAGUGGAGGAUAACCAUGCUUUGGAUCACUGGUAA